AUGCUCAAGUUCGACUCAUUGAGCCUGUCCAAAUCCUCUUCUCGACCAGUUACCCCUCCUUCGGCAUCUUCGACAUCAAAAUUCCGAGCCAACGAUACCCAGACCCCACCACGAGCUUCCACGGGGCUUAGCUCUCCUCCCAUCCAAAACUAUGUCAACUUCUUGUCUAACACGAACGAUGAUUGGAUGGCAGAUGGAGACGAGAUGUUGGGCUAUGAUGACGAUGAUGGAGACGAAUUUGGCCUUCCCAGCUUAUCCAACAUGAAGAGAAGGACGAGACGGGUUGCAACGCAAGCCAAAACAGAUUCAAUGAGUCUAGGGCCGUCAUAUGGGGAGUCAUUGGGUAGCCAGCGACGAUAUUCAGGUAGUGCAGAUAUCGCUGUCGAACGCCCAGCGCCAUCGUACCCAAUGCCGAAGAAAAGCGAAGGCAAAAUCCUCCGACCCCAAUAUAAAGAUAUCCUUCGAGAUCCUGCAAAUGCUUUGCAUCUCAUCAACUACCCCUCCAUCUCCAACAAUGCCACUUCUAAAGAAGCCGACGUCAUCAGUGCACGAAUCACCAGAAUUAAUAAGUUCAAAAAGCUUCUGCAAGCAUCUUCCAUAUCGCUUCCCGAACUUCGAUCCUUGGCUUGGUCGGGGGUCCCUGAAGAAGUACGUGCUAUGACAUGGCAGCUACUCCUGAGCUACUUGCCCACCAAUGGUGAGAGGAGAGUAACGACACUCGAGCGGAAACGAAAAGAGUACCUAGACGGUGUUCGCCAAGCUUUUGAAAGAUCCAACUCUGUCACUUCCCCCGGACUUCGAACACGAGGCCUAGAUGAGGCUAUAUGGCACCAGAUCAGCAUUGAUAUUCCGAGAACGAAUCCCCACAUCGAGUUGUACAGCUACGAAGCUACGCAAAGAUCACUGGAACGAAUCCUCUACGUUUGGGCAGUUCGCCACCCAGCAAGCGGAUAUGUCCAAGGAAUCAAUGAUCUCGUUACUCCGUUUUGGCAGGUUUUUUUGAGUCUCUACAUAGCCGAUGGGGACAUCGAGUCGGGAAUGGACCCAGGCCAGCUUCCGAAAUCAGUCCUUGACGCGGUUGAGGCAGACUCAUUCUGGUGCUUGACAAAGUUACUCGAUGGCAUCCAGGAUCACUACAUUGUCGCACAACCGGGUAUCCAGCGUCAAGUUGCAUCCCUCCGUGAUUUGACAGCCAGGAUCGACCAGAAACUAUCUAAACAUCUUGAGUCCGAGGGUGUUGAGUUUAUCCAGUUCAGUUUCCGCUGGAUGAACUGUUUGCUUAUGCGUGAAAUCAGUGUCCGAAACACCAUCCGCAUGUGGGACACAUACCUUGCUGAGGAGCAAGGCUUUUCUGAAUUUCACCUUUAUGUCUGUGCAGCCUUCUUGGUUAAGUGGUCCGCCAAGCUAGUCGAAAUGGACUUCCAGGAGAUUAUGAUGUUCUUGCAGAGCCUCCCGACGAAGGAGUGGACCGAAAAAGAUAUUGAACUACUCCUCAGUGAGGCCUUCAUCUGGCAGAGUCUCUUCAAGGGGUCUUCGGCACAUCUCAAGGGCCAACCAAGCCGCCAACAACCAACAGACCUACAAUUAUAA